AUGUCCAGCGAGGAAAUAAAGAGGGCCGAUGACCCGGUUGUGGACGAUAAUGUGGACGGCGAUAAAGCCCCUAGUGAUGAAGAAGAAGGCGAAGACGUCUUUGACUCCUCUGAGGAAGAUGAAGACCUAGACGAAGAUGAGGAAGAAGCUCAAAAAGUGCGUGAAGGCUUCAUUGUCGACGACGAUGAGGAGGGGCGUGCUUCUGCCGGCAGGAAAAGAAGCAAGAAGCAUAAAAGGCGGACAAGAGAGGAUGAAGACGACAGACUUUCAGAGGACGACCUUGACCUGCUUAUGGAAAAUGCCGGCGUUAAAAGGGCGCCCAGCCCUGAUAAGUCCAAAGCCAAGUUCAAGCGGUUGAAGCGUGCUGGAGACGACAGCGAAGAACCCUCUGGCGAUUCCGCUUCCAGAGGAGCUAAGGCCACAUCUCGAUUCGAUGAUUUCUUUUCAGAUGACGAAGAAGAAGUACCCACAAGAGAUGAAGCUACUGGAGCCGGCGAAGGUACCACGGGGGGCAAUAGAAACGCUGAAGUUGGGACCAUUGACGAACUCGACGACUUUAUUGAAGAAGACGAGUUCUCCGACGAAGAUGAAGAAACGAGACAACAGAGAGUCCAAGAGCAUAAGAUGCUACGCGAGCAAAGAAUGAAGCAACCAGUUCAAAUCACUGGUUUGUCAUCCGAGAAAAUAGACGAAAUGUAUGAUAUAUUCGGUGACGGACACGACUACGAUUGGGCUCUGGAAGUCGAGAACGAAGAUGUAGAGGGCGCAGAUGCUGCAGAAUCAGCUGAAAGAACAGAGGAUGGAGAUUUCGACGCUGCGGGGGGCGAAUCCAAAAAGCCCAAAAUCACGCUCCAGGAUAUCUACGAUCUCCAGGAUCUAAAAAAGAACUUACUCACGGAAGAAGAUAUGGUUAUCAGGAGAGCUGACAUUCCUGAAAGAUACCAAGAGCUAAGAGCAGGUAUGAAAAACUAUGGGAACUUGAGCUCAGAAGACCAAGAGGCAGAGAAAAACUGGAUAAGCAGCAAAUUGUCGUUAGACAAGAACUUUGAUCCCGAGUACGACCUUACCGAGUUCAAGGAAGCUGUAGGUAAUGCCAUAAGAUUUGUGAGUAAAGAGAAUUUGGAAGUACCGUUCAUUUACGCGUAUCGUCGUAACUACAUUUCCUCCAAGGAGAAGGACGGCUUUGUUCUGAAUGAGGAUGACCUAUGGGAAAUUGUUCACAUGGACUCAGAGUUCCACAGUAUAAUCUACAAAAGAGAUUAUGUUAAGAAGUUCUAUGAGCAGCUCGGGGUCCAAGAUCCCGUUGUCGAUGAAUAUUUCAAAAACCAAGGUUCGUCAAUGACAGAAUUGACCUCUUUACAAGACAUCUACAACUACUUGGAAUUCAAAUUUGCUCGUGAAAUUAACGAAGCAUUAUUGGCUCAAAGUAGUGGCUCCACCAAGAAGCACAUGAAGAACUCAAGUUACGAGAAGUUCAAAUCCAGUCCUCUGUACAGCGCUGUGAGUCAAAUCGGUAUCACAUCGGACCAGAUCGGUGAGAACAUUCACUCAGAACACCAGAUUCACCCUGUUGUUGACCACCCGGAUCAAAAGCCUCAGGACAUAAUUGAGGACUUGCUGGCAAACUCGAGUGCCGAUUUACAAGCCUUCUCUUCAAAUCACAAGUUGGCGCUCGAAACUGUUCAGAAGUACUACUCUCUGGAAAUAGCGAACAAUCCUAAGGUUAGAGAAAAGGUUAGAGCAGACUUCUACAAGUACUACAUUGUUGAUGUCGUUUUGUCGGUCAAGGGUAAAAAAGAGAUACAAAGGGGAUCUCCUUACGAAGAUAUCAAAUAUGCAAUCAACAGAACUCCCGCUCAUUUCAGAAGGGAGCCUGAGGUGUUUUUGAGAAUGCUCGAAGCGGAAUCUCUGCAUUUGAUGUCUAUCAAAAUCCACAUGUCUUCUCAAACACAAUACUGUGAUCAUUUGUUUCAGACUGCAUUGGACACAACAAAUACUUCUGAAAUUGCAACUGAAUGGAACAACUUCCGUAAGGCCGCUUUUUUCACAGCGCUGGAAAAGAUAUUCUUGGAGAUUAGUCAAGAAAUAAAAGACGAUUUGAAAAAAGACUGCCAAAGACUGGUUUCCAAGAGCGUUCGCCAUAGGUUUAUGACUAAGCUUGACCAAGCGCCCUUUAUUCCAAAUCCUCGUGACCCAAAAAUCCCAAGAGUUUUGGCAAUAACUUGUGGCCUGGGCCACUUUGGCAAGGAUGCAAUUAUUGCUGUCUACGUUAAUAGAAAGACUGAUUACGUGAGGGAUUACAAAAUCGUGGAAAACCCUUUCGAUAGGCACAACCCAGAGAAAUUUGAGGAAACACUUGAUAACAUCAUACAAACGUGUCAGCCUAAUGCUAUUGGUAUCAAUGGGCCUAAUCCAAAAACUCAGCGCUUGCUGCGAAAAAUUCAAGAAGUUAUCCAAAAGAAGCAAAUUGUUGAUAACAGAGGACACAACAUUCCUGUGAUAUAUGUUGAAGAUGAGAUUGCUACACGUUACCAGACUUCUGAGCGUGGUAUUCAGGAGUACCCUAACAAACCUCCGCUGGUGAAGUAUUGUAUAGGCCUGGCGAGGUACAUGCACUCCCCUCUUUUGGAAUAUGUUAAUCUAACACCUGAUGAACUGAUGUCGCUGUCAAUACAUCCAAGCCAAUCUCUUCUUACCCGGGAAAAUUUCAUGAAAGCCUUGGAGACUUCUUUUGUUGAUUUGGUGAAUUUGGUUGGUGUUGAGGUGAACAAAGCGACUGAUAGCGCAUACUACGCGAGAUGCCUGCAGUAUAUUUCUGGGCUCGGGAAGCGUAAAGCGACGGACUUUUUAGAGUCUCUGCAGAGACUCAAUGAACCCCUUCUUGCCCGGCAACAGCUGAUCACGCAUAACAUCUUGCACAAGACAAUUUUCAUGAAUUCUGCCGGUUUCCUCUACAUCUCUUGGAACCAAAAGAAUCAAAGAUAUGAGGAUCUCGAGCACGACCAGCUCGAUAGCACAAGAAUCCACCCAGAGGAUUACCAUCUUGCCACGAAGGUUGCUGCAGACGCACUAGAAUACGACCCUGAUGCUAUCGCAGAGAAGGAGGACCAGGGAACUAUGAGCGAGUUCAUUGAAAUUUUGAGAGAAGACCCGGAAUGCAAGAGCAAAUUGGAGUCGCUCAACUUGGAGGCAUAUGCCGAGGAGCUCGAAAAAAACACAGGGCAAAAGAAGCUCAACAACUUGAACACUAUUGUCUUGGAGUUGUUGAACGGCUUUGAGGAAUUGCGGAAUGACUUCCAUCCUCUCCACGGCGACGAGGUCUUUACCACGCUAACUGGUGAGACAGACAAAACCUUUUUCAAGGGUUGCAUUGUUCCCGUCAAGGUCGAGCGCUUCAGGCACAGCGACAUCAUAUGUACCACAAACUCCCAAGUUGAGUGUAUCGUGAACGCACAACGCCAUGCGGGGGCACAGCUCAAACGGCCAGCUUCCGAAAUCUAUGAAAUCAGCAAGACUUACCCCGCUAAAGUCAUCUUUAUUGACUACGAGAACAUCAGCGCUGAAGUGUCGUUGCUAGACCACGACGUGAAACACCAAUACGUUCCAGUUCACUAUAGCAAGGACCCAUCGGUGUGGGACCUCAAGCAGGAGCUCGAAGACGCGGAAGAGGAAAAACAAAUUGCGAUGCGCGAAGCCCGUGCGAAGCGGACACACAGGGUUAUCAAUCACCCUUACUACUUCCCCUUCAACGGGAAGCAAGCUGAAGACUACCUGAGAAGCAAAGAGCGUGGUGACUUUUUGAUCCGGCAAUCGUCCCGGGGUGAUGACCACCUGUCGAUCACAUGGAAGCUGGACAAGGAUCUGUUCCAGCACGUCGACAUUCUGGAGCAGGAGAAGGAAAACCCAUUGGCGCUGGGUCGCGUGUUGAUUGUAGAAGGCCAAGUCUACCAUGAUCUGGACCAAAUUAUCGUGGAGUACCUGCAGAACAAGGUGAGACUCCUGAAUGAGAUCACGUCUAAUGAAAAGUUCAAGAAGGGUACGAAGAGAGAGGUCACCAAGUUCAUUGAGGACUACUCAAAGGUCAAUCCUAACAGGUCGGUUUACUACUUCAGUUUCAACUACGAGCACCCAGGCUGGUUCUACUUGAUGUUCAAGAUCAAUGCUCAAAGCAACCUUUACACCUGGAACGUCAAGCUCACCCACACGGGUUUCUUCCUGGUUAACUACAACUAUCCGACCGUGAUCCAGUUGUGCAAUGGCUUCAAAACUCUGCUGAAGACCAGCAACAGAGGCCAGAGAUCGGGCGCUGCUACCGGCAACGCCCCUGCUGCCGCAGCAGGUGCUGCUGGUGGGUACUACGGGUACUAG